UUGUGGAUCGUACCUGGUCCAGACCAGUUCGACGUUUUGAUAGACCAGCACAAUGAAUAACCUGACGGCACUUGCGAUUCUCGCUCUUUCUGCCCUGGCUAUAACGGAGGCAGCUGUUUACAUUGGCGGCGGUUGCUACGACUGUAAUCCGCCUGGAGGCCAGGGACCCGGAGUCUACACAGGUGUCAACGGUGGAGGCGGAGGAGGCCGAGGAAAUGGCGGUGGCGGAGGAAACUACUAUAACAACGGUGGUGGAGGAGGCGGAGGAGGUCGGCGCCCAGUAUAUUCGGGCAACUUCGGACCAGGCUACAGCAACGGUGGAGGAGGAGGAGGAGGUGGAGGUCGCGGGGGUGGUGGAGGUUAUGGAGGUGGUUACGAUGAUGGCGGUCUAACGCAGAUUAUAAGCGGCUGAGAAUAUAAUCUGGAGGCUUUGCAACCGCUAAAUCCAGCAAAUGAGCGAAAGCUGUCUGAUAUUAAGAUUGUAUAUAGACUAAAAUAAAAAAAAAACCAAACAGAUAAGGAACGUGAUUAAAUGCAUUAUAUACAAAGUAUAUAAUACACGAAAAUGGAUAAUGCUUGUUGUAAACCUCAAACAUCUUUACACUUUUUUUAAAUCUGUUGACAAUUUUUGUACAGUUAAAUAAUCUAUAAAUUGGUUUUAUUUACCUGUGUAAUUGUUGUGCUUUUGAGUUAAACUGAUAAAUAUUGCAUUAUAAUUCAUAAUUACAACGCUUAAGUCCGUUCGUGUGUUAAUUAAGCUUAUUAACCGCUAUUAAAUCUGUUAAGGUUCUUUACAUAUACCCGCAAAAGGGGUAAAUUCGUUUAAUUAUUCUGCAUAAUAAAACUUGUAUUUUACGAUGUGUUAA